AUGUGUGGUAUACUAGGUAUUGUAUUGGCUAAUCAACAUAUCAAUGUUGCCCCUGAGUUAUUUGAAGGAGCCAUGUUUUUACAACAUCGUGGUCAAGAUGCCGCUGGUAUUGCAACUUGUGGGCCCAAGGGUAGAUUAUACCAGUGUAAAGGAAAUGGAAUGGCCCGCGAUGUUUUCACUCAACAAAGGAUGUUGAAUCUUAUUGGAAAUAUGGGAAUUUGUCAUUUGCGUUAUCCAACUGCUGGUUCAAGUGCCGGAUCAGAAGCUCAACCUUUCUAUGUCAAUAGUCCCUAUGGUAUUUCUUUGAGUCAUAAUGGUAAUUUGGUCAACUCAAUAGAGUUGAGAAAACAUUUAGAUGAAGUUGUUCAUCGUCAUAUCAAUACUGAUUCCGAUUCGGAAUUGUUAUUGAAUAUCUUUGCUUCGGAAAUGGACAAGUUUAAUAAAAGUAGAGUCAAUAAUGCUGAUGUGUUUACCGCGUUGGCUGAGACCAUGCAAAGAAUUAGAGGUGCUUAUGCUUGUGUUGCCAUGUUGGCAGGAUAUGGUCUUAUUGGAUUCAGAGAUCCAAAUGGUAUUAGACCAUUGUUGAUUGGUGAAAGAGUUAAUGAAAAUGGAACCAAGGAUUUUAUGUUGUCAUCAGAAAGUGUUGUUUUGAAAUCACAUGGUUUCAAGAAAUUCCGUGAUGUACAUCCAGGAGAAGCAGUAAUUAUUCAAAAAAAUGGUGAUCCUGAAUUUAAACAAGUUGUUAAACCAAAGAUUUUUGCACCUGAUAUUUUUGAGUAUGUUUAUUUCGCUAGACCUGAUUCAGUAUUGGAUGGUGUAUCAGUAUACAGAUCCAGAAUCGAAAUGGGAAUUAAAUUAGCCAACAAGAUUAAACGUGAUAUGGAUGAAAAUGAUAUUGAUGUUGUCAUAUCUGUUCCUGAUACUGCAAGAACUAGUGCUUUCCAAUGUGCUGUCAGUUUAGGUAAACCUUAUCGUGAAGGGUUUGUUAAAAAUAGAUAUAUCGGGAGAACAUUCAUCAUGCCCAAUCAACAAGAAAGAAGAUCAUCAGUGAGGAGGAAGUUGAAUGCUAUGGAUUCAGAAUUUGAAAAUAAAAAUGUUCUUAUUGUUGACGACUCAAUAGUAAGAGGUACAACUUCAAAGGAGAUUGUCUUGAUGGCAAGAGAAGCUGGUGCCAAAAAGGUGUAUUUUGCAUCAUGUGCUCCCCCAAUCAGGUACAAUCAUAUUUACGGUAUCGAUUUAGCUGAUACUAAAGCCCUUGUUGGGUUCAAUAGAACCGAAGAAGAAAUUUCCGAAGUAAUUGGAGCAGACAAGGUGAUUUAUCAAGAUUUACAUGAUUUAGUUGAUUGUUGUAAAUCCGACAAGAUUAAAGAAUUUGAAGUUGGUGUCUUUACCGGUGCUUAUAUCACUGGGGUUGAAGAUAACUAUUUACAGGAAUUGGAAAAAAUUAGGGCUCAAAAUCAACGUUUAACUGAAUUACAAAACGGUACUGCAUUGAAAGGAUUUAGUGUUGAUGCAUGUAUAGAUCAAGGAGAUAUGGUUGAUGUUAAAGCUGAAGUUGAUAUAAGUAUUUACAAUCGUGGUGAUUACUAA